AAAACAGAGCUUUCCAGUUUCCUCAGCUUUAGAUGCCAACAAGAUGGAAAGUGCUUCUUCAGGUAUGAGAGGGAAAGAGAUCAAGUCCCCUGAGGUGGCUUGGGGCACCCCUACCCCCACCCGCACCCCUACAGUCAGAAAGAAGCUGGGGACCCACUUCAUCGAAUCAGACGACCGGAGAAGAGCCCUCGGCGGCGGCUACACGGGCGGAGCUACGCCGGUGAACAUCCACGGAAAACCCAUUUCCGAUUUGUCCAAGACCGGCGGCUGGAUGGCGGCGUUCUUCAUUUUCGGAAAUGAGAUGGCGGAGAGGAUGGCGUACUUCGGGCUGUCGGUGAACAUGGUGGCAUUCAUGUUCUACGUGAUGCACAGACCAUUUACCAGCUCGGCGAACGCAGUAAAUAAUUUCUUGGGCAUAUCGCAGGCUUCCUCUGUUCUUGGUGGCUUCUUAGCUGAUGCUUACCUCGGCAGAUAUUGGACUAUAGCUAUUUUCACUACCAUCUAUCUUGGGGGUCUAAUAGGAAUAACCCUAUCUGCAACAUUGAAAAGCUUCAUCCCAAACCAAAACCAGUGUGAUCAGCUAGCAAUACUGUUAGGCAGUUGUGAAGCAGCAAAGCCAUGGCAGAUGACAUACCUCUACACAGUCCUUUACAUAACAGGCUUCGGAGCAGCAGGUAUACGGCCAUGUGUUUCCUCCUUUGGGGCAGACCAGUUCGAUGAAAGAAGCAGAGACUAUAAAGCGCACCUCGACAGAUUCUUCAAUUUCUUCUAUCUUUCUGUCACCCUCGGCGCCAUCGUUGCCUUCACCGCUAUAGUGUAUAUCCAAAUCAAGCACGGGUGGGGGUACGCUUUCGCGGCAUUGGCUAUCGCCAUGGGUCUAUCGAACGUUGUUUUCUUGGCAGGCACGCCUUUGUAUCGGCAUAGGUUGCCCGGUGGAAGCCCUCUCACCCGAGUUGCUCAAGUCCUAGUUGCUGCCUUUCGCAAGAGAAAUGUUGCUUGGGAGGAGAGUGAGUUUGUGGGGCUGUAUGAGCUUCAAGGUAAACGAUCUGCUAUCCAGGGCAGCAGCAAGAUUCCUCACACCCAUGAUUUCAGAUGGCUGGACAAAGCCGCUUUGCAGUUGAAGGAAGACGGAAUCAGCCCAAGUCCAUGGAGGCUGUGCACAGUUACUCAAGUGGAAGAAGUCAAAAUCCUAAUAAAACUUCUCCCCAUCCCAACCUCCACCAUAAUGCUGAACCUAAUCCUAACUGAGUUCUUGACUCUAUCAGUCCAGCAAGCCUACACUCUCAACACCCACAUGGGUCGUCUCAAACUCCCAAUCACCUGCAUGCCUGUCUUCCCAGGCCUCAGCAUAUUCCUCCUCCUCUCUCUUUACUACUCUGUCUUCGUCCCGCUAUCCCGACGCAUCACUGGUCACCCUCAUGGCGCUUCCCAACUCCAGAGGGUCGGUAUCGGGCUAGCUGUCUCGAUAAUCUCUGUUGCAUGGGCAGGGGUGUUCGAAAGGUACCGGAGAAGUUACGCUAUAAAAAAUGGGUACGAGGGUAGUUUCUUGACUGCCAUGCCGAACCUGAGUGCCUACUGGCUGCUCAUUCAAUACUGCCUCAUAGGCAUCGCGGAGGCCUUCUGCAUUGUGGGGUUGCUUGAGUUUCUAUACGAGGAAGCGCCCGAUGCCAUGCGAAGCAUUGGGUCAGCUUAUGCGGCCGUGGCAGGAGGGUUAGGAUGUUUCGGGGCAACAAUCAUGAACAGCAUUGUGAAAGCAUUAACGGGUGGGAAGGAAGACGAUGGCGGGCUGGCACUGCAUUCGUGGCUGUCACAGAACAUAAACACAGGACGGUUCGACUACUUUUACUGGCUUUUGACCGUGAUGAGUGUGAUCAACUUCUGCGCGUUUUUGUAUGCAGCGAGUAGGUAUGAGUACAGGGUGAAGCUGGUGAGUGGUGAUGAGGUCAGGCUGCAACCGGUUAAAAGUGAUCUGCCAACCGUAGGGGAGUGAUUUGAUGAAGUAUACUAGCUAGCUGUAUACUUCCUGUUAAUUAAUAUAAUUAGCUGUUUUGAGGAAUUCUUUUCUGCUUGUUUGCCUAUAGCAUUAUACGAGUAUUAUAUUACUUUGAUCUUUCCCUCAAUUGGUAUACCAGUGUAUUGUGGAUUUCACACAGAAAGGGUAUUCAUUUGUUGCUCUUCAUUUCAU